AAACUCAAGAAACUCAAUUCAUAUUGCCGGCGCACAUCUCUUCUAAGAGCAAUUUCGGUUGUACUCAUGCCUUGCCCCGCCUUGCUCCUGGCAAUCAUAACAAAAAGUAUUCCGCUGCAGGAUCCGAUCGAUGGGUGGAAAAGAAACUAUGGCGCGUGGGUUCGGCUCUGGAUC